CAACAGCGCGUUGUUGUCGAUCAAAGUGAGUCAGUGCCUGAGUGAACGAGGUCAUUUUUAGUAAAUUGCUCUGAUAGCAUGGAUGAUGAUCACCAAACGAGUGCUGAGGGUAAAGAUGGUGCUGAGGCUAUACCAGACGAGGCUGCUGAAGCCGUGCCUGAAUCGGAAGUCGGGUCUCAAAGUCGGAACGUAGCAGCAGCACCUGCUGAAAUACCAAAGCGACAACGACUGAACACGCCACCUAGCCAGCUGCCAUUCAUGGUUGCAGCCUCGCCACCAAAGUUUGUUAGCCUAGAAGAACUGAUGAAGGUAGCGAGUGGUGUCACCAACAUGGCACUGGCACAUGAGAUUGCAGUGGACCAAAAUUUUAAACUCAAGAAAGUGGAACUGCCAGAAAACAGUGUAGAGAAACAUUUUCAAGUGAUAAUGCACCAAGCAUUCUGGGACAUGUUGAUGGCUCAGCUGCGUGAUGAUCCUCCACGCUAUGAUCAAGCCAUGUCACUACUAAAGGAAGUGAAAGAGGGUCUCAUCUCGCUGCUGCUGCCACAACACACUCGGCUACGCUCACAGGUGAAUGAAGUGCUAGACCUGGAUCUCAUUCGUCAGAAGGCCGAGCACGAUGCCAUCGACAUAAACAUUUACGCUCAAUUCAUUCUGUCCGUCAUGGCCAAACUAUGUGCACCGGUGUGGGAUGACAAAAUCAAGGAGCUAACAGAAAUCAAGGAGAUUGUACCUCUAUAUAGAGGCAUCUUAGAAAUGAUAGAACACAUGAAGCUGGACAUGGCAAACUUUACCCUACAGCAGCUGCGUCCCACGAUACAGCAACACAGUGUAGAGUACGAGCGUGUAAAGUUCCAGGAAUUUCUUGACACCCAUCCCGGAGAUGGACUAGAGUUUACACGUAAAUGGUUAAAGUUGAACAAAGACAAGCUGCUUGUUGUGGAUUCACCACCAGAGGGAGAUUUGAUUCGGGAGCUAAAUAGGAACAGAGUAGUGAGCCCCACUAGCAUCAUAGCACGUAGUUACCUGGAUCUUCUUGAGUGGGAUGACAAGAAAAUUUUUCCAGAGACACUUCUUAUGGACCAGUCUCGCUUCUUAGAGUUGCGGGAUAAGACUGAACGCAUCAAGCUAGUGGCCUCAAUUCUUCUGGUCACGUACAACACUGUAGGAGGAGCAAUAAGUGGAAUCACUGGGUUCAAGGAGAAAUUAAAAGACCAAAUUAACAUUCUACUCCAAGAUGUCAAUGAUCGUGACAUUUCUACCAAGAUUGUUAAUGUGGCUGAACAGAUUGAGAAAGAGGUAAAUGCCUGUCUAGAGAAACAUGGUUACCCAAUGCUUGAAGGUGAUAGACCAAUGGUUCUCAAGGGACAAAUCAAAGAUGUUAUAGAAAGUAACCACCCAGUACAUAAGCUUAUAUCAUCUAGAGUGAUGGAGUUCAUUAAACAUGUCACUACCACUACCACUGCUAGCCCAAUUAAGGUUCCUCCAGGACUGGCAGCCAUGAGUGUGGAACUUAUGCAGGUGUCAGGUCAAUUCCUGAGGCUAGUGUCACACAACCGUUCGGUGUUUGGUCAAUACUAUGCAAACAUCAUUCGGGAGCUCCUAGGCAUAGAAUCGCCACAGGCUGAAUCCACACCUAAAGCAGAGAGUACCACAGCGGCAGUGUCCACUUGCAAUGAUGUUAAAGAGUAAACCUAGCAUCAUCUGAUAGUCAACCUGACCGGUCAUAACCACAUACAUGUAGUUGACAGAGAAUUCACAGUACAUUGCUUAUUUUUUGCAGUUUUUCCUUACACCCGCAGUGGCCUAGGUCACAUAACACAUACAUACAUAUUUAUGUAUAUGUGUAGGGUGUAGUAUGCAGCAUGCUGGUAUGUAUGCUAUAUUUUAAAACUUACAGAAGACAUGCUUCUGUUGAUUACCUUCUCUUAACCUACAACAGGAUAAACAAAGCCCUGGAGGAUAUUUUCUAUACUUAACUGCAGUGUCUUCAGGAAAUUGUACCACGUAGCAGGCGCGUGCGUGCGUGCGUAUGUGUGGUGUUUGCACUGGUGUAUGUGUAUGUGUACAUAGUACUCAUAUUUUAUUCUCAUUGAAACUCACGUUUAAAGUUUAGAAGUCUCAACAUGUGUAAUACCAAUAGUGAGUAAAUACUUUUUUCUUCACUCCUGGUAAUAUUGUGACUUGGUGAUUGUUGAAGUGAAUGUUUCUUAUUAGAUAAAUUAUUAAAUAAAAUUUUUACGUUUUUAUGAGCGUGCUCUUAUUAGGCAGUAAAUUAAAUUAACUAGGGGACCGGCUUGCUAAAAAAUUUUAAAGCAUUGUAAAAUAUGUUUGUUGCAUGAUAUUGACACAAAAGUAAACAUUGAUAUAUGUUAGAAAGUUAUCCCAUUAGAAAGUUUCCUAAGAUAGCUAACGAAUAUAGAGUUCAGGUUUAAUAU